UUCUUGCGGCAAGGCUAUUCUCUUUCCCAUUUCCACAGUUCAGAUAAAAUAUCAGCAACAAACUGAAGCGUCCAACAAACAAACGCCUCUAAAACAGAGGAUAUCAGACAGCAAGACAGCAACCCAAGCCCACCCCGCCUUGGCCGCUGGGAAAAAACACAGAGGACUCCUUCCGUACCAUAACACUCCCACGGCUCUCGCCACUUCACCUACCCUUCUCAACGCUCCUAUAUCUUCUCCCGCUUCGCUCUCUCCCUUCUUCUCCCCUUCUCUCCAAAAAAGAUCGAAAUUUUAGGAGGGAGAGAGAGAGGUGGGGAUGUUGAUCGGCCUUUCCGCUUUCUCCGACGUCUGCCCGACCUUGUCCCGCCUCACCAUGUCCAUGGCUAACCCCUGGCCCUUCUCCUAAUACUCUCUUUCCCGUCCCCUUCUACUGAUCAUUCCAUAAAAAAGGCAUCUUUUUUCCUCUAACCAUGAAGAAAUUGAGAGGUUUUAGACUGCGAAGAAAGCUAGUGCGAAUUUGGAGAUGGGCCUUUUGGAGACGCUCUUGCGAAAGUUACCUUCGCCUCUCCCCUACCACUCCUCCUCCCUCAUCCCAGCUCCAACUUCACCUCAUAAAGGCCGCGCCUUUGACGGCGAAGCUCCGCCACUGGGGCCGCUGCCUUGCCCGCGGGAUCGGCGGCGGCGAUGGUGGUGACCGGACGGAACAGGAAGCGUCGGGGAUGCAGCUGCUAGAAGGCGGUGGAGGAAGGGAGCCGCCGCCGCCACAGCCGCCGAAGGGGCACCUGGCCGUGUACGUGAGCGGUGGGAGGAAGGGGGAGGAGGUAGCGCCGCCGCGGCGGUUCGUGGUGCCGGUGAUCGACUUCAACCACCCACUCUUCGUGGAGUUGUUGAGGGAGGCGGAGGAGGAGUUCGGGUUCGACCACCCCGGCGGCAUCACGAUCCCCUGUCCCGUCUCCCGGUUCGAGCGCGUCCGGACCCGUAUCGCCGGCGAGCUCGCCCGGACGGGGUUAAGGGUAAACCGGUCCUGAGCCGCCGCAUAGAUGUUAGACCUGACGGCCUUGGUGAUGCCACUUUGAUGUGCUACUUUUUCUUUUUCAUCUUUCAUUUUCAUUAAAAAAACUACGUUGAUCGCAUAGAUGUGAUGAUUCGCCGGUGAUAUUUCGAAGUACAGAUCUGCUUGUUGUUGUGCCUUUAGAUUUUAUCUGUUGAAGAUUUUAUGUUUCAAUUUAAGAAAAUUAAUCAUUUUCUUCUGAAAA